AUGGGAGGAGCCAAAAAUGACGUAAAGUCGUUACGACCCGCCUUCUCUCAAGCACAUCCCAGUCUUGACACAGUACAACUUUUCCAAACUGGCUCUGCCCUGGCCACUCUGCAACAUCAAAACGAUGAUAAAAAACUUUUCGACAGUAGAAUUGACGACAAAAUAAACUCUUCUAAAGGCAAAAAAAUUCCUAACGAUAAUAAAAUGAAUGGCGAUGAUGAUGAGUACAACGAUGAUGCUGAAUUGUCCAAAACUCGAGAUGACGACGAUGAUAACAACAACGACGAUGAUGAUGACGGCGGUAGCACUGACCAGAUACGUCCUAAGAAGCACUGGACGGCUUUAAAAGUUGAGAAAAAUGGAACAGGUGAGAUCAGGGAAAAAGAUAGCGAGAAAGAAAACAACAAUGAUAAUCGUUACGAUGCUGGUGACGAUGACGCAAACGAAGAUGAUGACGUCAAUGAUGGUGAUGAUGAUGAUGAUUAUGUCAGCAGAAAUGACAAAGAAAGUAACAAGAUGUUGAGCAACAAUGGCACUGAACAAUGCGAUAACUCCAACAACAUCAACACAGACCGCCACGUCAGCAAUAGCGCCAACAACAACAACAAAGUGGAUAUGGAUUCUGGCGUUGAUAAACAUUUCAAAUCGCACGGCAACCAAAAGAAGCGGAGACGCAGCGAGAGUAGCUGCAACAGAAACAGAAACAACAAAAGCCAGAGCAACACAAGCAGCGAGAAUGUUAGCAGCGAAGAUGCCAACGAGUAUAACGUUCAAAGAAAAAAAUGCAACAACAGAACAAGCGACGCAACAAGCAACGACCUUGCCAAUAAUGUUGCAGAUGUUUCCAACAACAACAAUGAGGACGAGGAUGAAAAUGUAAACGAGCGUGAUGAUGACGACGACGAUGGCGUCAAUGAAAAGAAACGUCAUCAUGAUUCGGAACAACCCAUCCAAACGGAAAUCAAACUACAAAGACCACUGGGCUUGCUGGCGCAACACGGUCUCAUGAACAAAAACAGCAACAGCGGCAACACCACAACCAACAACUUUUUCCAGCAGCAACAACAACAAUUACAACAACGUCAACAGCAGCAACAAAUGUUGAUGCAACAACAUCAGCAACAGCAUUACAACGCUUAUAGGAAGCACAAACUAUUCGGACCAGAGUUUGCGUAUGACAUGUUCCUACCACCAGCUUUCCAACUGAAGGCAGACUCCGAGAAACUGAACUCCCUGCAACUGCAACAACAGCAACAACUUGCAGCAACAUGGCUUACCAACACCAGCAAUCUAUACAACUCCAACAGCAACAUUAAUAACAACAACAACAACGCAACAUCGGCAUCUUCGGCAACGACACCAAGUUCGACACUUUCCAACAACAACAUCGAAGACGACGACAACGACACUGAAACAUUCAGCAUCAACAACAACAACAACAACGAAAAGAAUAUUUUCGGUCUGAAAAUCUCACCUGAUCAUCACGAGGGCAUCUCCUCCCAGUUCGACAGCGGCAGUUUAGACUUGAGCCGGCAGAUCCUUCUAACUGACCGUCGUUUCAUGCCCUCGCCUCCACCAGCCAACGCGAGUUCACCCACACAGAAAUCCGAAUCCUCGUCAACUGGCCACCACUGGACAUUUGAGGAGCAAUUUAAGCAGGUUUCUAAUUGA